AUGACGCGUGAAAUCUGCCGAUCGUGGCGCGUCCCUCUCGUCACGCUCUUCGCCGGCCUGGCGUCUGCCGAUGGCGACGACGGCGGCGAGGGAAAGUGCAUGGGCUGGCGGCAGACCGCCGGCUGCAGCCCUUCGGGCCGGCGGGAGCCCGCUCGCGACCGCGGCUGCGACGUGAGCAUAGGGCAGGACUGGUCCGGCUACUGCGAGUGCGCGGGCGGCGUGCGAGCCGCCGAGUCGACCUGCACGCACGAGAGCUUCACGUGCGAGGCCAAGUGUCGAGAGCAGUGGGCGUGGCUGCGGGAGCAGCGAAAGAAGCGGGCGGAGCAGGAGAAGGAGGUGGAGAGCGCGUCGGCGGACGACAACCUCGCCAAGCUGUACAAGCGGGGCAAGGGCUUCUACGUGAUGGGCAACACCGAGCUCGCGCUGCGACACUUCCGCGAGGCGCUCAAGCUCGACCCGGAGCACGGCGCCUGCAAGGCGGACUACAAGCAGGCGAAGAAGCUCGAGAAGCUGCUCGGCAAGCUCGAGGGCGUGAUGGGGAAGGAGGUGGAGGGCAAGGGGCGGAUGAAGCAGCUCGAGCGCGACGACCAGUUCGAGGAGGCGCGCGGCCUCAUCGAGGACUCGCUCGCCCUCUCUCCGCCCGCCGUCUACCGCGCGAGCUUGUACCGCGACCUCUGCAUCUGCUGCACUAAGCUGCGGCUCAAGGACGAGUCGCUGUCCGCGUGCAAGGAGCACCACGCGCUCGACUCGGGGUCGGCCGCGUCUCGCACGCUCCUCGCCGAGGCCUCCCUCCUCGCCGAGCGGUACGAAGACGCGAUCGGCAUCUACCGCAAGCUCGCCGAGGAGGACGAGCACUCCAAGGAGGCGCGCGAGGGGCUGCAGCGCGCGGAGAAGCUGCUCAAGCGGUCCCGCGAGGAGGACUACUACAAGGUGCUCAACGUGUCGCGCUCCGCGUCGCCGAGAGAGAUCAAGCGCGCGUACCACAAGCUGGCGGUCGAGUACCACCCCGACAAGAACAAGGACAAGGCCGACGCAGAGCGCGAGGCGGCCGAGGUCAAGUUCAAGUCGGUCGCGCUGGCGUACGAGGUCCUGUCUGACGAGGACUUGCGACGGAAGUACGACGAGGGGGAGGACGUGAGCGGCAACCCGGGCGAGCAGCAGCAGCAGGAGCAGCAGGGCGGCAUGUGGAUGAACCACGGCGGGCAACACGUCCACGUCCGCUUCAGAUGAGGAGGGGAGGGGAGGAGGAGGCUGCACUGUCCGACCGGACGGGUGCUGCCAGCUCGACCAGAGCUCCCCAGGACCCUUCCUGCACCGACGCCGAACGAGAGUGUGAGCGGGUCGGGGAGGCGCGCGCGCCCAGUCUCGUCAGCUUCACCACACCGACGGUCGGCGCUCCCGCGGCGAUCGGCUGUGUAGGUGAAGGGUGUGGGCCCCGGCGAGACCUACUGCCUAGUUGUCCGCGUCUCCUUGGUGGGCGUCCUCUCGCUGCGUGCGCAGCCACGACUCGUUUGAGUAUCAGACACAUGUCACAUCUCCGUC